CACAUGUUAAUCAAUGUCCUAAGAUGAUUGUUACAUGUCCUCUCAAAGAUCACGGGUGCAAGGAGACAGAGGAGAUGUCACGGGAAGAAUGCAUUGAGCAUGUUGCAUCAAAAGAAGGAAUCUAUCCUCACCUUUUGAUAAUUGCUAACAAGUUAUUUUUAAUCAGAAGUCUACUAAUAAGUUCUAUUGAUGCUAAAGAGGAAGAUAGGAGAAAUUACGUUGAGAGUGAUCGAGGCUAUGAAUCACUGCCUAAAGUUCGUUCUGCUUCACCAAAGGCAAUCAAGAGAUACGUCAGCACUGAUGGACUAGACCCUAGUGGAAAUGAGUUUGGAUUCUUGGAAGAUGGAGUAGACCCAAAUGAACCAGGAUCUCACUUCAUUUACAAUUCACUUGAGAGACGUUUGGAGAAUGAAUUUUAUUACACUCUGUCAGCAAAGGAAAAUGCACUUGGACCUUCACAAUACUACGAUGAAGAGCAGGGUCAGGGUCACGGUCGUGACGAUCUCACUGUCACUGACUUGUCACCAGCUGGAUCACUUACAGUCACAUUUUGCCCUCAUUGCAAUUCAAAUAUUCUAUCAUCAGAGCCUGAUAAUCACAAGUGCAUUGUCACAUGUCCCCUUAAAGAUCAUGGAUGUAAGGAAACAAAGGAGAUGUCACUGGAAGAAUGCAUUGAGCACAUUUCAUCAAAAACAGGAAUCUAUUCUCACUUUUUGAUGAUCGCUAGGAUCUUGUCUUCAAUAGUACCAACAGGCUCUACUGAAGCUCAGGAGAGAGAGAGGGGAAAUUACGGUGAAGGUGAUGAAGGCUAUGACUCAUUGCAUCAAGCCCUUUCUACUUCACCAACAGUAGCAAGGAAGCCCGAUGGACCAGACCCUGGAGAAAAUGAGUUAGGAUUUUUGGAAGAUGGAGGAGCUGGAGCUGAUGACGAACCGAUGAGUUUAACGACGACAUUGAGAGCCUAGACCAGUUAUUAUGAUUGCACUACUGACUACAUAGCUAAAUCACUGUUCAUCAUCUUGCUGUGUUAUAAUGAAGUGAUUGAUUUACAGUGGAUCGACUAGUCAGCAUUUUGAUUUUGGCUAGUUGUAAAUCUUUGCUUUAUUAUAAUGCAAUGGAAUAAUGGACAGUGAUGUAGUUUGUGUACCGGUAGAGUUUAUUGUAAUUAAUGUGUCUGUUCCUAGCUCUCAUGACUAAUUUAUAAUAAUAAUAAUGAUUUAUUUAUUAUUAUUG